AUGUCUGAAAGUAACCUAAAUUCGUUUAUCCCCGUCACAGCUGUCGCUAAAAAAAUUGCGACCUCAAAGCUUGCCCAAGAAACACAAAGACUUUUCUUUCACCAGCUUCAGAGCCAAAAAGAGAGCAAGGAUGCUUUUGCAGACUAUGUCGUGGUAAUUCGUACGAAGGCGUUCGGCAAGUUGCCCGCUGCCGAGAAGGAAGUGUACAAGGUAAAACUUGAGGAUACCUGCAGGAAGAUACUGACAAGGCUAAACCUUGCUGGACUCAAAUAUGAGGCGCGACGCGGCGCCGCAGACUUGAUUUUUAUAUUCGUCUUAUGUCCCGCGGAAAGAUUAAAGGAAGAACUCGAUAGAUCUAGAGUCCAUGAUUGGCUUGUCGGAGUUCGUAUUCGAGACAUCGAUGAUGACUCUUCGGGAAGCUAUUUGGCGUUGACUGACGCAGAGAGGCUACGCCUUGUGCACGAUAUUAUCACCAAUUCUCGCCAAGAUAACGGUGCGGGAAUUAAUCCUGGCUUGGAAGACUUUGAACUUGUAGAAAGCCUCCUCCCUCUUCAUGAUCAUAAUUAUAACGAGAGAGGAAUGCAAGGUUGCCAGUCACAUAACUGGCGAAUUGAUUCCAUACUUCCCACCAUGGAAGCGCUGGGUGAGGAGAGCUAUUGCGGCACCUGUAAUACUCCUGUUCAGCUUAACUCUGUCAUCUACCUCCCAACAAUUGUAUACUGCGCUUUGGUUCCAGCGCUAAAUAUAUUUUACAUACAAAUCGCGAAAAAGUUAAAUGAAUACGAAAAUUACGAAACCGAAUCAUCUUACGAGUUCAACCUCACGCAAAAAAUUUUUGUGGCCAACUUUUUAAUCGGAAAUCUCUCGAUCUUUUUCAUCGGCUGGAUUUACAUUCCAUUUAACGAAGAUAUUGGUUAUUUCUUCCAAAGCCUUUUCGAAUUGUUUGGAUUAUCGCUCACCAUAAAAAGCGUUGGUCCGGAACGACUCGUUACCGAGUUAAAAUAUUUCAUAUUGACAGCUCAAGUGAUCAGUCUCUUCACGGAAGUGAUAUUACCGUACCUGCUAAGAUUUGGCUCUUUAGGAAUGAAUAAGAUAAAGAAGGAAGCGAAUAAUGAUGGCGGGAAAGACGAAGACGAGUCCGCCUUCCUGAAGAGAGUGAUGAGGGAGGUGAACCUACCAGUUUAUGACGUGUAUGAGGACUACGUGGAAAUGGUAUCACAGUAUGGAUAUGUAAGUCUAUUUUCGGUGAUAUGGCCGUUGACGCCAGUAUUCGCGUUUAUAAACAAUCUGAUCGAACUGCGUUCCGACGCUAUCAAACUGUGUGUGCAUACGAGGAGACCGAUUCCCUCCAGAGCCGAUAGUAUAGGACCGUGGCUUGAUAACCUGGCGUUUAUAACAUGGCUUUCAUCGAUUACAAACCCUUCAAUCAUUUACCUAUACCAUUCAGAUACAAAGGGUUUUACGUCCACUUCGGGUGUGAUAUUUACCGUUGUUCUGGUUUGGUUCUCUGAGCACAUCUUCGAUGCCGUUCGCUAUAUUGUACAGCAGAUGCUUAGGGCCUUCCCAUCAGAAGCCGACGAUCUAGUGCAGAGAGAGGAGUACGAGUUAAAGAAACGCUGGCUUGAAAAAGCGGGAGUGUCUACCAUGUUACCACCGGAUCACGAGUUGCAGGAAAAGAAAGAGGGGAACGGCAAGUGGUUCCGGAACGAAGAUCUUGAGGAGGUGUUGAGGGAAAUUUUACAAGAGUUCAAAGAAGAGUGA